AUCCUUAUCUUUUGGCGGGCGAGAGUGUCAACCUUUCUUCAGAAGACGGAUAGAAUCCGUAAACAUAAAACCCGCGACGCCCCGACCUCCCAAGAUUUUGUUUUUCGGUCAUCCUACACAUAUCCGUUUGAUUGUUUGAUACAUUUGUAUCUCCUUUCUCAUACCUUGAUUUGGAAUUCAGUCGAUCUUAUUACCACAAACCACAAACCACAUUCACAAUGGCUGCACCUAUCACCUCAAGGACGGAAACUCUCCAGAAGUUCCUCAAGCUCGAUCAGAAGGGCAUGAUCAUGGCUGAGUACGUCUGGGUCGACGCCGAAGGCGGUACACGAUCCAAGUCUCGCACACUCCCCGAGAAGGAAUACAAGCCUGAGGAUCUUCCCGUGUGGAAUUUCGAUGGUUCUUCUACCAACCAGGCCCCCGGCGACAACUCAGAUGUCUACCUCCGUCCCUGCGCAGUCUACCCCGAUCCCUUCCGCGGCUCUCCCAACAUCAUCGUUCUUGCUGAGUGCUGGAAUGCCGAUGGCACUCCCAACAAGUACAACUUCCGUCACGACUGCGUGAAGGUUAUGGACACAUAUGCCGACGACGAGCCUUGGUUUGGUCUAGAGCAGGAGUACACCCUCCUAGGUUCUGACAACCGACCUUACGGCUGGCCCGCUGGUGGCUUCCCUGCUCCCCAAGGCGAGUAUUACUGCGGUGUCGGUACUGGCAAGGUUGUCCAGCGCGAUAUUGUUGAGGCUCAUUAUAAGGCUUGCUUGUAUGCCGGCAUCAAGAUUUCCGGCACCAACGCUGAGGUCAUGCCUGCUCAAUGGGAGUAUCAGGUCGGUCCCUGCACCGGCAUUGAGAUGGGUGACCAACUUUGGGUUUCACGAUUCUUUUUGCAUCGCGUCGCCGAGGAAUUCGGUGCGAAGGUCUCCCUGCACCCCAAACCCAUUGCUGGAGACUGGAACGGUGCAGGUCUUCACUCCAACUUCUCUACCAAGGCCAUGCGCGAAGAGGGAGGUAUGAAGGUUAUUGAGGAAGCUCUGAAGAAGCUGGAGCCUCACCACGUCGAGUGUAUCGCCGAAUACGGCGAGGACAACGAACUGCGGUUAACCGGUCGCCAUGAGACCGGAUCGAUCGAUAGUUUCUCUUGGGGCGUCGCAAACCGCGGAACAAGCAUCCGCGUGCCACGCGAAACCGCUGCCAAGGGCUAUGGCUACUUUGAAGACCGUCGCCCGGCUUCUAACGCUGACCCUUACCGUGUCACAAAGGUUUUGCUUCAAUUUUCCAUGGCUUAGAGCGUGUUUUAGAAGUUCAUUUUAGUCGGACGGUUUCCGUCUCAUGGUUUACGGCGCGACGGUAUGGGAAACUAUUGAUUAUAUAGAUAGCAUGAUAACUAGUCCUGAAGGACAGUAAUGACAAACGAUCAGUAAAA